AGCUGGGGGAGGUGCUCUGGGCUGCUGAGAGCGGAGGGCGGUGGCAGCGCUGGCGCUAGGGACCGGCUCAGUGGCUUCGGGAAGCAGCUCGGCGACGGCGGACGCUCGCGUUCCUCCGCAUCCCGGCCUCGACACGGCUCGCAGCUCCUUUGCCACCGGCGUCCGGCAAUGUGUCCCACCGGCCGGGCGUAGCAGCUGCGCGUGCGCGGAACCGCGGGGCCAUGAGCGAAGCCGGCGGCGGCCGGGGCUUUGGGUACUCGGUCCCCCAGCGAGCGCCAUGGAGCCUGGUGGCGGCGACGGCCGCGCUCUGCCUCGUGUCGGCCACGUCCGUGUGGACGGCGGGGGCCUCGCCCAUGAGUAGGGAGGAGAAACAGAAGCUUGGGAAUCAAGUACUGGAAAUGUUUGAUCAUGCUUACGGUAACUACAUGGAACAUGCGUACCCAGCUGAUGAACUCAUGCCUUUGACCUGCAGAGGUCGAGUUAGAGGCCAAGAGCCAAGUCGGGGUGAUGUUGAUGAUGCCUUGGGAAAAUUUUCCCUGACACUGAUUGAUUCUUUGGACACUCUUGUGGUAUUAAAUAAAACUAAAGAAUUUGAAGAUGCGGUGAGAAAAGUUUUAAGAGAUGUUAAUUUAGAUAAUGAUGUAGUUGUAUCAGUCUUUGAAACAAACAUCAGAGUUCUUGGGGGUCUUUUGGGUGGACACUCAUUGGCCAUCAUGCUGAAAGAAAAAGGCGAGUACAUGCAGUGGUACAAUGAUGAACUUCUCCAAAUGGCAAAGCAAUUGGGUUACAAACUUUUACCAGCUUUCAAUACUACCAGUGGCCUUCCUUAUCCAAGAAUUAAUUUAAAGUUUGGUAUCAGAAAACCAGAAGCUCGGACAGGAACUGAAACAGAUACCUGUACAGCUUGUGCAGGUACCUUGAUCCUUGAGUUUGCUGCUUUAAGUCGAUUCACAGGAGCAACGAUAUUUGAGGAAUAUGCAAGAAAAGCUCUUGAUUUUCUCUGGGAGAAAAGACAGCGAAGUAGUAAUUUAGUGGGCGUGACUAUAAAUAUUCAUACUGGAGAUUGGGUACGAAAAGAUAGUGGAGUUGGAGCAGGGAUUGAUUCAUAUUAUGAAUAUCUGUUGAAAGCCUACGUCUUGCUUGGAGAUGACAGCUUUCUGGAAAGAUUUAAUACACACUACGAUGCCAUAAUGAGGUACAUAAGCCAGCCACCUCUUCUACUUGAUGUGCAUAUCCACAAGCCAAUGCUGAAUGCUCGGACUUGGAUGGAUGCUUUGCUUGCCUUUUUUCCAGGUUUGCAGGUCUUAAAGGGGGAUAUUAGACCUGCUAUUGAAACUCAUGAAAUGUUGUAUCAGGUGAUUAAAAAACACAAUUUUCUACCAGAGGCAUUUACCACAGAUUUCAGGGUGCAUUGGGCUCAACAUCCUUUAAGGCCAGAAUUUGCAGAAAGUACCUACUUCUUGUAUAAAGCUACAGGAGAUCCUUACUACCUUGAAGUAGGGAAAACACUUAUUGAAAAUUUAAAUAAAUAUGCUAGAGUGCCUUGCGGAUUUGCUGCCAUGAAGGAUGUUCGUACUGGAAGUCAUGAGGACAGAAUGGAUUCCUUCUUCUUGGCCGAAAUGUUUAAAUAUCUUUACCUGUUAUUCGCGGAUAAAGAAGACAUUAUUUUUGACAUAGAAGAUUACAUUUUUACAACAGAAGCUCAUCUGUUACCUCUUUGGCUCUCUACUACAAAUCAAAGAAUCUCUAAAAAAAACACAACUUCAGAAUAUACAGAACUGGAUGACAGUAAUUUUGACUGGACUUGUCCAAACACUCAGAUUCUCUUCCCUAAUGACCCACUGUAUGCUCAGAGCAUUCGUGAACCCUUGAAAAAUGUGGUGGACAAGAGCUGUCCUAGAGGCAUCAUCAGAGUAGAGGAGAGUUUCAGGAGUGGAGCUAAACCCCCUCUGAGAGCCAGAGAUUUCAUGGCCACUAACCCUGAGCAUUUAGAAAUCUUGAAGAAGAUGGGGGUGAGUUUGAUUCACCUCAAAGAUGGGAGAGUCCAGUUGGUUCAACAUGCAAUCCAAGCUGCUAGUUCAAUUGACGCGGAAGAUGGUUUGAGGUUUAUGCAGGAGAUGAUUGAAUUGUCAAGUCAGCAACAAAAAGAGCAGCAGCUACCUCCACGAGCUGUACAAAUUGUUUCUCACCCAUUUUUUGGCCGGGUAGUGUUAACUGCUGGUCCAGCUCAGUUUGGGCUAGAUCUGUCUAAACAUAAAGAGACAAGAGGAUUUGUUGCAAGCAGUAAACCGUACAAUGGUUGUUCAGAGCUUACUAACCCUGAGGCAGUGAUGGGAAAGAUUGCUUUGAUACAAAGAGGACAGUGCAUGUUUGCAGAAAAGGCACGCAACAUCCAGAAUGCUGGAGCCAUUGGUGGCAUUGUUAUUGAUGACAAUGAGGGGAGCAGCAGUGAUACUGCCCCUCUGUUCCAGAUGGCAGGUGAUGGAAAGGACACAGAUGACAUCACAAUCCCCAUGCUGUUCUUAUUCAGUAAAGAAGGAAGUAUCAUAUUGGACGCCAUCCGGGAAUAUGAGGAGGUAGAGGUCCUCCUUUCUGACAAAGCAAAAGAUCGAGCAGCAAUAUUAAAAGGUAAAAUGAUUCCGAGCUACAUUAUUAAUAGUAAUCCUGAGAUGGAAAAUGAAGAACAACCAUCCUCUGAAAAUGAUUCUCAGAAUCAGAGUGCUGAACAGAUUGCAUCAAGUUCUCAGGAGGUUGAUUUGGUUGAUCAGGAGUCUCCUGAGGAAAGUUCUCUAAACUCUCACCCAGAAUCUUUGUCUCCAGCAGAUACGGACAAUGCUGCAAGCAUUUCUCCUUCUGAACAGAAUUCUAAUCCCACGGAAAACCAUGAGACUACAAGUCUUGAUGGUGAAUGUACAGAUUUAGAUAACCAACUUAAAGAACAAUCAGAAACUGAAGAGGAUUCCAAUCCUAAUGUUAGCUGGGGUAAAAAGGUCCAACCUAUAGACUCCAUAUUAGCAGACUGGAAUGAAGAUAUAGAAGCAUUUGAAAUGAUGGAUAAGGAUGAGCUCUGACUCACUAAAGUCUACCUGGUGGUAGGUAUUUCAAAAGAAAAGGUAAACUGUGGAUAAUAGGUACCCUGAUACUAAGCAGGCUCUCUCAUGGGAGGCUCUAAGUAUGGUGAUGAACAACCACGUUCUGACUGGGAGAGUUAGUUAUCAUAGGAAUCUGGAACAUGCUGUGUUAGAACUGACCUUGUUUAUAACUGUCCCAUCAAAAAUGCAAACUCACAGUUUCCCCUUCAGGUGACAGCAUUGCACCAUCCUGCUGCAUCUCAGGCCAGGAAAAGAUUAUUGGGCGUUUCUAGGAACCAGAUUUCUGCACUCUCUAGACGGUAGAUAAGAAACAAAUUCAGUUAACUGUGAGGUGGGGAAUACGAAUUUGUACAACUUUCUAAUUGAAGGAAGCUCUCGGUUUUCUUGGUUCUGGGGUUAGAGGCUCUUUGGGGAAAACACAUAGGAGUAUUUUGGGCAUUCUGGUUAUGCUGCCUUCACAGAAACACUCAAAAGUGACCUAAGUGGUUAUGAAGCAAAUACAUUCAUGGUGAAAACAGUCUUUGCUCAUCAUUUUCACUUGCUUCAUUGUGUAACAUGAUCAAGAUGACUUGAUUUUUUUUUUUCCCUCUUUAACAGUGUCCUUUUCAUUUAAACCAAAGGUGAAGCCAGUGUACUUUCUCAGUGAGUUCUCUGCAUAAAGACUAAUCAUUGGGACCAGGUAAAAAGGUCAUAUAUCGUGGAAAUUGGUUACUUAAUACUUUUGAAAAAUGGAGCAAGGGAGAAACUAUAAUGUUGCAAUAUGAACUUGCCAUUGGGCCUUCCGUAAGGAAAGCUGUGACUACUCUGAAAUGGAACUUAAAGUUAUAUCUUUGUAGGGUAAAUUAUAAAUCUUUUCCAGUUCAUUUCAUUAGAGGUGAUUACCUCUAGCCAUCAGCCUUACUCCAUCCCAUGUUUAGAAUGCAUUUUGAGCCACAAGGCCUAUGUUGCCAAUAGCUGAAUACAUUUUGUUCCAUUUUUCUAUCUUAGGAAGCCAUGAUAAAACUGUGGUAGUGAUCUAAAAAUUCUGGAGUAACUACUAUUUUUCCUCCUUUGAAACUAGUUUCUAAAGUUGCACCUAAGGAGUCUGUCACAUUUUCUGUUGAAUCAUGGUUUUUUUAAGUUUGCUUUUUUUUUUAAACAAAUAUUCCUUUUGAUAUGGACUUGAAAAUUAGUCUACAGUAACCUGUGUAAAACACACAGUAGCAACUAACAUAUAGCCAUAUAGCUUAAUGAGAAUUUUUUUUCCUUUGUGUGAGUGUGGGGGGGGGGCAGUCUGGUGCUGGCCACAUUUAAGUUUUAAAAACUUUGUUGUUGAUAUCUGUAGACAGCCCUGUAAUUGAAAUCAUGGCUUUACUCAUUUUAUUUAUUUUUUUAAACUUACCUGAACCAGUUCUAAAGGAAUAUUUGAGACUUAAUUUCUUUUUUCUGUACCAUGACAUUGUAUAACGACCCUUUUUCUUAAAACACAGUUUUUGAGGUACUGAUGAACUUAAACUGUAUAUGGAGCUGUUAAAAGAACAGCAGUGCUGUAUUGUAGUUAUGUAUAUUCAUGUACAGUAUGUCUUAGAUCCCAGGUAAACAUGUUAUUUUAUAAGGGGAUAAAUAGCUGCUUUCAAAAAUUCCAGCUAAACUUAAUUGGGUCAGUGAGUAAUAAACCUAAUAGAGAAUUCACUUUGAGGGGGGGGAAAAGAGGAGUAUACCGGACCUUAUUGGCCCUUAAUUAAACCUGACACCAAAAUGGAUAUUUUUAGUCUCUCUGCAUGUGAAAUUUGGUGUAAGAAGAUAGAACUAUAAUACAUAUAGUAUACAGAAGGAUAGACAUAGUGCUUUGUUCAUCUUAGUUGCAAAGCUGCCAAAAUAGCUGAAGCUUAAUUACUUGACUUGCCUUGAUUUAUAGGACUGGGGCUUGGAGAAAAGGAGAUGUUCCUUUAAGACUUGGAUUACAGAAGCCGUAUAUACAUUGAUUUGAUUUUCUUUUUGUAUCUCAGAGCCAUUGUUGUCUAAAUCUAAAUUUUCUAAGUUAUCAAAGCAACAUAAUUUUAUUUCCAGCAGAGAUCUUGUGGCAUACAAGGAAAAGCCAGCUUACUGCCACUUACCCUUUCUUUGGCCAUUAGGGGGAGUUGUUGCAAUUCAUUGUGGUUUAGAAGCAAAUUGCUGGCUUGUUUAGAAAAAUGAAUCCUUAAAAAAAAAAGGAAAAAAAUUUAACAAAUUAUACUUAAUACCCAGAAGGAAUUAUAUGUGAUUUUUCCCUAGCUAGGAAAAGAAGGUAUAGUGUUCAGCUUCAAAACUCCAACAUUGUCAUUGACUCUCCAUUCUUUUCGUGGAUUUUUUUUUUUUUUUUUGGAGUACGCGGGCCUCUCACUGCUGUGGCCUCUCCCGUUGCAGAGCACAGGCUCCGGACGCGCAGGCUCAGCGGCCACAGCUCACGAGCCCAGCCGCUCCGCGGCAUGUGGGAUCCUCCCGGACCGGGGCACGAUCCCGCGUCCCCUGCAUCGGGAGGCAGACUCCCAACCACUGCGCCACCAGGGAAGCCCUGACUCUCCAUUCUUAAUUGACAUACUGCCACAGAGUUUUUUAUUUCAUUAAAAAAUUUCAACAUCAUUAGGCAUUUUUAAAAAUGUUUUGUUUUUAAAUCUUUUAUAGCAUUUUAUUUACUUCCUAAAGAUUCAGGGGAUUCUAUGUAACCCUGAAUUUUAGAAACAUCUGGUCUACCUCAGUUAGAUGUUGACUGCAUAGAGAUAGAGCUGAAGUGAUCACCACAGCCAUAAGAUUGAUUGACUAAGAAGGAUUUAUACAAUGUUUACAAACCCGGAAUCAAGUAAGGAUUUUAUCUGAAAGUUAAAAGUUAGAUAUUAGAGAAAGUAUUUAAUUCAGGUAUUUUCAAGUUUUAAAACUUCACUUGUUUACCUACUAAAAAUAGUUAUAGUUUUUUCUGCUUAGGAAGGUCCAUUAAAAUGAUAUACCCUAAUUUGCAGUGCUUUUCCCAUAAAGUUUUAGAUGUGAAAGAAUUGUAAUUUACCAGAUAUGUUUGGGAUGGGAUAUUUUGUUGGGUAGGUUUUCUUUUUAACUUUUAACAGGCUUCCAACAAGAAUACAGUUGUUUCAGAACAAUUAACAUUAUACUUUUCCCUUUUUCUUCACAGUGUUAAGAGGGUAAAAUAAAAAAUUGUGCACUCUGUGAUUUUAACUUCUCUAAUAUGCUCUCGAGAUUUUUUUAAUUUAAAUUACCAUCUCACAGCCCUUAUAAUAGUAAAACCAGCAUUUGUUCCCUCACCAAACCCCAUGCCAAAUUCAUUAUAAAGAAAGCUCAGCGUCAGUAAUUCAAAUAGUGCUUAUAAUUGUAGAGGCGAGGGUGGGGGCAUUUAAUAAAUAUUCCAACCGGUCGUUUUAUGCACAAGGCUUCAGUCAGAACAUAGAAAAAAAUAACAUUCUGUGAAUGAAAUAUUGUAUGUUCAGAUUUUAUAAAAGACAUUUUUAAAAGCCCAAUUUACAGCCGUAUAUUUUCUUAUGAUGUAAUUUAUGAAAAAGAUGUCUGUACUAACAGGUGCUGUAACACUACUGUUGUUGGAUUUUAUUGUUUGGUGAUAAAUGUAUACAAUAUUUCUAAGGGAAACUAUGUACUGUGAUGUAAAAGUCUGGGCAAAAUGUAUAUAAUCCUUGUAUAUAAUUGUGUAUUUGAUUAUAAUGACUGUAAAGAUUAAUAAAAUAUGUAAAUAUCCUG